GCUCAAGCCUGCAGUAGAAGACUGUGCGUGGAGCUGCUUGUUGGUGCGCUUCUGUAAUCCCUAGAAAAUUGGCGAUCGAUGCUAAAGUUUAGAGUAAGAGGAAAAUGUAAAUCUAAAUGGUAUGACGAACACGAACAAAAAAGAGAGAUGAACCAACAGAAGAACAAGGAGUGAUCAACGUAUGCCACAAAAAGCUGAUGUAGAACUAUGAGGAGCUCGCGUGAAAAGGCACACAAAAGUUCUAUGUGGAACCGGAAGUCUCCUGAUACAAGGAAUGGAUGCUUAUGACAACAUGAUGGUUGGGACAGCGGAUGCAGAUCAUGUGCGCUUGCGACCGUGACGCCACAGCUGCGAUAGAUCGCGAUGCGAAUUCACCUCCCUGUGGAAAAAGAUGCGGGUGCGGCGUACCGGACACGCAUUGUUCGGCGGAAAGGUCGUCAGCAUCAGUCGGCUGGUGCUCGUUUUUGGAACUCUCGUUCUGUCUCGCAACACGAAACACCAUGGUAGCCCUUCCAAAGGUCCAUCCCCAGAACAACAGUUGCAUCGAGCAGGCCAGCUUUUGCAGCGGGAGGUGAAACACGAUGGGGCGAACGAGGGCGAUGCCCAUGAUGAGGAUGAUGAAGAGCAAUCGUCCUUAGAAGAAGGUAGCCCAGCAGAGGAAGAUGAAGCAGACAGGGCUGAUUUCUUAAUAUCCGGAACGAGGGAAGAGCAAGAGACACAGAGUCUGGAAGGUGGACAGAUUUCUGAGCUCGCACAGCAACACCACACUUCGCCUACAGUUCCCGAGAGUCUGGUGGCUGUCAAAGAAGGAAACAGUUGCAUACAAGUGACGACCGCAAAUGCGAUGAACAAUGCCGCGAACCGCGACAGAAGUGAAGAGAUUGUGCAGCUCAACAGCGCGCCGUCUAUUACGAUUUUUUCACUACGAGGAUCAAUCCGUCAGUUCAAAAUAGAAGAAGGUUCAGGUUGUUUAGCCAGAACUGUGGAGCUUUCCGUUCCGCAUGUCUUAUAAAUCUUUUGAAGAAUGGUGGAGUACACGUCCAACUUAAUGCUCAAGAAACUGUAACCUCAACUUAAUGCUCAAGUCACAGCAUCUAAUGCCUCAGGCGGAGGGUGCUACGACCAGAGCAUCAACUCAAUGAAAUUUGGUAAUUCAUGGGAUGCUUGUUGCAAAGCCGGUGUAUGGGAAACUGAUACGGAAGAGUGCACAUUUGGAUGUGGCAAUCAGGGUUGGCUGAAAAAGACCCAGAAACGAAGCAUUGUUACGACAUGUUGUAGUUACCCAAUGAUUCAUCGAUCAGCAGAGAAGUCUUCAUCCUGGGAGCAAUCCAUGUCGGUAAGCAUCCUGUUGGAGGCCGAUGCGUCAUCAGAGAAGUAAUCCUAGGAGAGAUCAUCAGCAGAGAAGUCAUCAACCUAGGGAAGUAGAGACAUUUGUUCGAGGGGAAAAGGGGUCCCGGUGGAUGAAUCUGAGAGAAAUAUUCUAGGGCGUCGGGCUCUAAGAUUGAGGUGCUUCGUUACUGCAAUAACGGAAAGAACUGCAACUACGCGCACUACAAUGGCGGAGGGUAUCGAGGGGGUGGUUACACCCGGGGAGCAUGCACCGCUGCUGUAGAGCGCAUCAUCUACGAGGGCCGUUGUGUUAAGGCUUGCGUAGACAUUUCAUAGAACAAGCCUUGUCGUUGUCUCUUAGUCUUUAUUACUUGCUUUUACGUUUUUAGAAACUAAAACACACCCUCUUAAAAGUCUUUGUCUCAACAAGCUUGUAGUUAAGGCUCUACUGCUGGCAAGAAGCAUUGCGUUACGGCUUGGAGUGGAUGGAGUGCGAAGAGCGGGAAGACAAGCUGCGACAACCCAAGCGAAAAACGAACCAGGACACGCACGCUUUUGGCCAGGUCAACGGAUGGGGCGUGCUCUGGAAACAAUCCCAGCUUGAAAACAGAAAAACAGGAAAUAACUUUUGUUGGAUGCUGCUACGAAAAUUAUGGCUGAAGAGCAGCUACUGCUACAUUAAUAUAGUCCUCUUGCAACAUUUUUUCCUCUGGCAUUACUCAUUUCCCUGGAGCAUCGGUUUCCCUGGCUCUACUCGAGCCUGUGUCGUCCCGGAGGGCGCGGCCUGGCCGCAGAGCCGCGGACCUGGCACCUGGAAUGUCGCAUCAUUUUCACGUUCUUCAGAGUGCCAAUUCGAACCCUUGAGAAAGAAUGGGAAGAUUUGAGGUCUUGGAUAAUGACUGCUCGAAUGCAACAAGGUGUCUGCCUCUAAGAGAAGAAUCCGAGCAGCUACACCGAGUGCUCGGUGACAUGUGGUUCGGGGACGAAGAAUGGCGUGUACAAACUGGUUGCGAACUACCCGUCCACAAGAAGCUGCGCUGAGAUUAAGGCUAAAUAGAUGAGGACCAAGAUUCAACAGUAUUCAUGUUGAUGAUUAAGGCUAAAUGAUGAGUUAACAACAGUAUCCAUGAAUUUCUAAUGUGACGCAACAGAAGAAUCCUGUCUCGUGCACAAAGGAUCCUUGUCUCGAAACGUGUAAGGAAGCGAUAGAGGACCGCAAUUUUUGCGAGCAGGAACACUUAUGAUGGAGGAUUAAUCUCAGACAACUUCUUGUCGUCUUCAAAACGAAGUAGAGUGACCUAACACUUCUUGGAUUACGUCUUGCGCAUAUCUUCCCAAUCUCAUGCUCUUGAUGCAUUUUCUGAUCUCCAUAACUACUUGCUACUGAUCUAACCACUUAUGCGUGUAGUUGUAGAAAUAUGAUUGCCUUAAUUUUGGAAUUCGAAUUUUCUAAUGAGAAACGGCUACAUUGCGAAGACCAGUGAUAUGAUUCUGAACACGAAAUGCGGGUCUGCCACCUGUAACGGCAACGCAGAUCGCGAUGUAUGUUGUAAAUUGCGCAAAUGCGCGUGUCGGAAGCGGAACGUGAAGAAAAAUGCAGCAGGUAGUCCUAAGACUUACACGCAUGCGGGAGUAGCCCUUCUGGACGCUGGCAAUGAGCAUGGUGCCGAAGGCGUGGGGUGUCCGGAGUUAUGAUCUGGUGGUUGAUUUUAGUCAGAUUGCUGCUCGUCUUAGUUUCUUCUGGAGGGGUCAUCUUGUCGACGUUCUAUUUUCUAUGCUAAUCUAUGACUAUUUGGUAAUUGGUUCGAUGAUGUUCUUCUAGGUCUUACCGACUUCUUUUUCGCUCUCGUAGGUGUUCUUUGUUGCUCUUUUAGUGAAAAGCCUAGGAGAAGGGAACGAAGUACUUACGACGCAUAGUAGAAAGGAAACAUACUUGCUUCUAACCGAAGACGGGCAUGUGUACUGCAAGAGUUGUCCGGCUGGGUAUUUUCUCGAUGCACCCUCCAGCUCGGCGAGCAGCAGCAGUAGUCUUGCCAGUGAUGUCGUCAAAGAAGAAGAUGAGAACUACUCAGAAAACACGCCCACACCCAGUUCUCUUGCUAGUAUUGUCAAAGGGGGACAUGGCUUCACCACAGAUGUCGUCAAAGAAGAAGGAGAUGAGAACUACCGAGACAACCCACGGCCCACACCCAGUUCUCGCCUUCGCAGAGUCUUUGAGAUGAAAAAAAGAGAACGAUCAGCACCUUCGCACCCUCUCUCACCUUCACCAGAGGUCGAAGAUAUUCUUUUCGAGCAACUACCUGCCCAAGAGAAGUCAUCAGCAUCUCUGGACGAACAGGUGCUGCAGAUACACCAAGGCUUCCGAAGCAGCCCAGCCACGCGCGUCUGCAAGCAAAAGCUGUGCAAAUGUACUGAUCCCGGGAAUCGUAAUAGGGAAGCCGGAACCCCCAAAAUAUAUGGAUGAUGCUUUUUCCAUCUUUCAGACCAUCGAGGCUGCCCCUUUUCCCCUUACAACUGUAUAGGUUUCGGGGGGCUUCGAUGGUCUGGCUAGAUGGAAAAAGCGCCAUCCAUAAAAUAGGCACACAGUGUCCAACGAAUGGCCAAGAACGCUGUGCUACGUGUAAGGAAGGUUAUGCUGUCAUGUUAUCGUGAUUUGUAGUUAACUCCUCAGGGCAUUUUGAUUUUCGAGAGGUUUUAACUUGGAUGUCGUACUAAGACGGAAUUAUUCUCUUUCUCAAGUUAACGUCGAAUAUGACUAGUUAGGAGGAAGAAGUUGAAUAACUUGAUGUUGAAAUAAGAUGAAAGGCGAAGUACAACGGGGGCUGCUCAGGCGAACUGACUCUACUUCUAACCUUAGCAUUUCGAGGAGAAUGCAAAUGACCCAACCAAGUGCGUUCGAACGACGACAUCAACGACGACUACGACGACCAGUGCCACUAGUACUACCGCGACCAGCACCAGUGCGACCACUACGACAACAUCGUCGAGCUCCUCUUCUACUUCUUCGACAACAACAAUCGCUGUGCCUACCUUUAACUUAUGGAAGAUGCCAUAUGAAAAUGAUUUUUUACACAAUUCAUUAGUAUCUAUCAGAUACAUUGAGGUGGUAAUGGUCAUUAAACACGAACUGCCUGUCAUUCUUUUCUUGUGUUUCACAAGAUUCGACUAUCCGUUCUCAUCGCGACUCUCCAACUCUUUCUUCUUUUAUCUUUCUCUACCUGAGAUCUAUUUCUCUGCCCUAAUCAACCUGUCAGCACGGAUAGCUGGUAAAGGCGAAACAGACGUGGUAUUAAGUACAGAAGCUCGCGGAUUGAGUCUGCAACAGAAGUUAAGACUGGUGGUUCUCCUGGAAACCUAACCUAACCAGAGAGCAGCCCCUUCUCCUCCCUCCUCCUCGUUCUUCUAGAAGAUCUGAUCUCCUCCUAGAGGAUCGCGUCUUCUGACCCUACUCCUCGUCGUCCUCCUAGAGGAUCCGACACCUUCUCCUGCUCUCGGUGUGGGAAUACACUCAGAAGGAUCCUUGUCCCCCGCUCGAGGAUCUCAUCUUCUCCAAGAUGCAAAAAGAAGUAGUGUGUAGCGGUUCUUCCUAACCCCUGGAGUGCUGGGUGCAUUCAUUCAUUCCCCCACCACUUCUUCUAAGGCAAGGAGUCAUUUUGGUUUUGGUCGUGGUCGUGCCGUAUGUGGCAAUGGGACUAAUCAUGGAUCAAGAGGAAGCUAUCGAUGUCGAUGGAGGCGCGGAUCGAGUUUUAUAAAGGUAAGGGUGAAUAUCCGGGAAAUCUUAGGCAAGAAUCUGCCGAAUGGAUUCGCCUCAUCAACUUGGGAGGUAAGGGUGAGUAUCAAUGUUCACCGGACUUGGGUAAGGGUGAGUAUCAAUGUUCACCGGACUUGGGAGGUAAGGGUGAGUAUCCAUUUUUCUACUCCAUCAUUAACCAAGUUCUUAAAAACGUUGCAGCGUCUGCACUGCGGGUCUCUUGUUUGUAGGCGUAGGUUGUGUAGUGUGAUCAAUACAGAUUCUGUGUAUCUUUUCUUUUGUAAUGAACGGAAAUCAAGAGGACUCGUUUUUUUUUUGUAAGAACAGCGACUGAAACAAGAAAUUAGCCGGUAGCUAUCAACCUCCGAGAACGAAAUUUCGCCUCGCCGACAUGUCUUGAGACUCACUUUUACCAGAGACCACCUGUUGUUCUCGAUGACGAUGAC